AUAUUGUCAGUUUUGAAUUCAUCGAAUUUUGUUAAUCUUCUGAUACGUUUUGUAGUUAAAGUGGACGACUGGAUCAAGAGUGCAGAAGCUCAACUUCCUCCCGAAGUCGCAGGUUUGUUUUAUUUCAGUUUUCAUGUCUUUCAGUGUCUAUAUAGCUAGACCUUUUUCAGCUUCAUCCAUAUUUUAGCCAGCAAUAUGCUUUAUUACUUUUUUUGUAACUUUUUUUCGUAUUACGUAUCCGUAAAAACUUGUAAACCUGGUUUUCCAAGCGUAAGCAUAAACGUAAAAGAGGCAAACGUACUCAAUCCAUGUACUCUUCUCAUUGCGGUGUAACAUAACAUAACGCAAUUAAGGGCAGUCGUGGACACUUCCAUGCACCUUUUUUUCCUGGAAGUCUUAGUUUUUUAAACUUUUACGCCUUAAAUUUCUUGCAAUGUAUAUAGCAGAAUUUAUAGCCUACCGAUGCUUUCAUGGUUGAAGAAUUAUUGUUACAGCCUUGUUACACAGUUUUUCAGCUAUCAUUUAAAGCUUUCUGAAAUGGUCUUUGCAUCCCCAACCACUGCCUCCCCCCCCAACCACUGCCUCCCCCCUUCAGUAUCCGCCAUUGUAUAAAACAUACGAAUAUCAAAAUCUUCCGUUGUUUUGCUUACGCUCAUGCUUUAAAGCUUAAAUUUCUUGCAAUGUAUAUAGCAGAAUUUAUAGCCUACCGAUGCUUUCAUGGUUGAAGAAUUAUUGUUACAGCCUUGUUACACAGUUUUUCAGCUAUCAUUUAAAGCUUUCUGAAAUGGUCUUUGUGAUCCUCCUUAACCACUGCUCUCUCUAACCACUGCCUCCCCCCUUCAGUAUCCGCCAUUGUAUAAAACAUACGAAUAUCAAAAUCUUCCGUUGUUUUGCUUACGCUCAUGCUUUAAAGCGUUCCGCUUUCGCUUGUGUUAUGCUUAUACUUGCGUUGUAGUAAAACGCAGGCUUACAUUAUAUAUUUUGUUUAUUUCGCAGUUAAAAAACCCACCCAGCCAAAAUCUGCAACACACGUGAAAGCAGAUGCAGGCGAGUACGUUGACGUGUACGAGCCUCCACCAGAAGCGAACACCAGCGAGGACUACUGGGAUGAUUUUGAGGACACUAUUUAUGAUAAAGACGAUGAUGAAGCGAGUGUUGCUUCGGGACAUGUGUUCAGUACACCAGUACCAGCUGUAGUACUGUAUGAUUACACCGCAGCAUCUGCUGAUGAACUGACUAUUGUUGAGAACGAAGAGGUUGAAGUGAUGGAGAAAGACGGGGAGGGUUGGUGUAAGGUAGGGGACUCCAUGCUGUUUCAGCUAAUGCGCAUACCACUUUGACGCAGUGGGUAUGAAGGUGUAAAUAUGAGUAUAUGGCGUUCGGUAUGAACUAUCGAAGUUAUUGAAGAAAUCUGAGCUGGAAAUCAAACAAUUCAAGAGGUUUUUGGACAUUGUAGGUUGAGAGUAUCAUAAAAUAAUUUCUGUGUAGUUUUUUCACCCACAAGCUCGUCACAGUGCGUCAGUGUGCGAAUGCGUGCGAUUAUAUUGGAUCUCUCGAGCGAAUUACAUACACUUUCAUUUUAAUUUAACAUAUAGUUUUAUACAAUACUAUUUUCAAAUCUUCUGUUACUCACUUACACACUAAAAAUGCACAAGUUGUUUUAGGUCUGCGAACAAGUUGUUACAAAUCUGUUCACAAGCUUUCGACAAGUUGUCUUCGCACUGCUUGUUCCCAGUUGUUGUAACAAGUUUGGAACAACCUGUUAACAAAUUGUAACAAGCUUAAUGGCAUUAUCAGAUUUGUUACAAGGUUGUUCUAACAAGUCUGAUAUUAGUCUGAUACAGUCAUGAUAUAAACAAGAAUGUUACAAGGUUGACGACACAAGUUUGUAACAAUAUUGUUAUAUCAUAACUGUAUCUAUCGGACUUGUUGGAACAACCUUGCAACAAGUCUGAUAAUAUCAACAAGGUUGUUACAAGUUGUUAACAGCUUGUUCCAAACUUGUUGACAACUUGGGACAAGCAGUGCGAACACAACGUGUUGACGGCUUGUUAGCAGACUUACUACAAGGUGUGAGAUUUUUACGUGUGUACUGUUCAGUGUGGCAUCGUCUGUUGCAUCUAUUUUUCACGUGGGAUUUGGAUUUAUGAGCCCUUUUAUACAUUAAUGACUGGAAAUUUAUAAAAAUUAUAAUGCACCAUAAAGUCCUGUUACUCAAUCAAUCUCUUUACCUACAUUUUUAUUUCUUGUUCACCCAGGGUCGAAAUAGAAAUGGACAAAUUGGAUACUUUCCAGAGUCGUAUGUCCAAAUUAGCGCCAGUCCACCUUCGACAAUAUCUGGAGCGAACUCAGUUCCGGACAAUUUGUCACAAGACAUUGUAAUGGCGACUGAAAUUACUCAGAAUGAACACCAAACAAGUAAGUACAUUAUUUGGAGUGACUAUAGUGACUCUUCGACUGUAAAUCCCAUUAGAGUUGAUGAAAGUUUGCCAGCGAAAGUUUUCUCAUUCAGUCAAGCGAGAACUAGAGUUGCAUGAGAGUUAAGGCUCUUUUCCACCCAUCGCAAAAUCAACUCGUAUGCUCGCUGCAAAUACUUGCAUCUAAUUAAAAUACACUGUCAAGCAUUAUGAUUGAAUGAAAGUAUUCGCUCAAAGUUUUUGCAAUGAGUAAAAAAGAGCCAUUAGUAAGACUUGACUGCAUUGAUAUUACCGCGCGCUUAGCAAAAAGUCGUCAACUCUCAUCAAAAUUUAAACCAUCUCAAAGUUGUGGCAAUUGAUACACAAUGCGGAAAUCGUAAUUUAAAGAUAAAAAGCAGAGCCCCCUCAGCCCAGCAAAUAACUUUAAAACCACACAUAAUAAACGUAAAAAUUUAAUAGCUAACAUUUUCGUUGUUUACAACACAACAUCUUCCGAGCAAUCUAAACAAUUUACAGGGCAUGGUAUAUAUAUAUAUAUAUAUAUAUAUAUAUAUAUAUAUAUAUAUAUAUAUAUAUAUAUAUAUAUAUAUAUAUAUAUAUAUAUAUAUAUAUAUAUAUAUAUAUAUAUAUAUAUAUAUAUAUACACAAAAUAAUGGUUUAAUAUUGCAAAAACGCUUACAAAGUUUGAAAGAACAAAUGAAUAGAAAGAAAGGAAAAAACUUAUCAGUAACCAGUUAAUUAGCAAAGAUUAAUGUUAAGUGCAUGGUUAGUGUACAGUAGUUGAGGUUUAUAUUACAUAACUAAAAUAACUCAAGAGGGGUAGAUCUAAUAUUAGCAUUAAGGACAGGGUUAAGUUGAGAAAUGAAUAGGUUUCACGGAUAAGAAGAUCCCACUCAGAAGUGCCUGAUGAUAAAAUUUUGAAAUCAGAAGCGGAGACUGUGUGUUUGUGCAUGUGUUUGUGAGCGAGUAUACCAAACACGGUUGAGAUCGAGCAUUCUUUUCCAGUCAAAGGCGAGACUCCCACAUGCUCUUUUAUUAUGUUUGGUUUUAAAGUUAUGUGCUGGGCUCUGCUUUUUCAUCUCAAAGUUAAUGAGAGCUAGUCAAUGCGAGUUGCACCUCUCAUCCACCCCCAGUAAUCUCGGGCAGGCGUGAGGAUAAUCGUCGCUCAGUUGAACUUGCAUUUUCGUUCUGCCGUACACGCUUGACCAUUUUACCCGACCUGGGAAAUAUUUCGCCAGGAUUUCACAUUUAAACAACUAAUAUCCCUUUGCUCGUAGUUUGUAUAGCGCGAGCUCUGUUUGACUACACUGGUCAAAACGAUGAGGAGCUGACAUUCGAGGAAGGAGCUGUUAUAAAUAUUUUACGUAAAGAUGAUGGAGAUGUGGACGACGGUUGGUGGGAAGGUGAAUAUAACGGCAAUAUUGGAGUCUUUCCUUCGUUAUUGGUCGAAGACCUAGAUGAUCAGUCGCAAGGAAUAGAGGAAGAACAACAGCAUUAUGCUCUUCCUUCGCAUGUAUAUAACGAAGAAAACAGGACGCGGAAUCUGUACGGGACGUUGCCACGCCAUGUGCAGGUAGAAGCGUCACAUGAACAAAAUGUAUGCGAUAGUUUAGAUUUGACAAUGACGCGCACGGCACCCACGAGGCCCCGUUUACCGCAACAUCUUUUGCAGCAAAACGCCCAGCGGAGUUCCAGUUACGACCGGAAUGAAUACGUGUAGGAAUGUGUAGGUAUAAGAAAUUUGUUAAUAUCGUAAUUAUUGUAACCAAGUUACUAGGAAUUUUAAUCAUUCGACAAACAUACACCACAAGGUGACUUUUUGUGGCCAAUCAAUUUGCACAUGCGCCAUGACCACAUGAACAACUGAAUAAAUGAAACCAUCAACUCACGCCUAUAGACAUCGACCGGAGACAGUUCAUCUCGAACGACCUGGAAGGCGAAGUGCCAGUUGCAUUUGAUUGAGUGAAACCAAAUUUUCCAACCGAGCUGCUUGCGUUAUCUCGUGGGAAAAUAAAUACCUUAAAUCACAUGUGUUUAAAAUUUUUAUUUUUUAUUUUAUAUUAUUAAUUAAAAUUAUUAAUUAGGUAUUACCUCAUACCUUUCCCAAUGCUUCGUCCAACAAAGGCAAUAAUGGAAGCUUUUCAUAUGGUCACUGGGUUUUAGUGUUUUAUUGGUGCCGAGAAACAACCAUGCACCUUUAAUUUUCAACAUUUCUGGGGCUUUGAAACAAUAAUUUAGCUUUAAAGUUUGUCUUCAAAUGUCCGAAUGGAGGUAGCGUUCCAGUUAACUUCAUUUCUCUGAUCCAGACCAGGCCAAGAUUAUUACGAUACUUUUACACUGUUUGCUUUGUCACAUGGCGUGGUCGUGGGCCAGCAUAGGUCAGGGUUUUGAUGUUGUUUUGCGAUUGGCUUCAUAAAACACUUGUGAUCAUUGUUUAUGACUCGUUCUUUAGAAAUGUGAUUUCUACAGUUCAUUGUUUUUUAUUGUUAUGAUCAACCAAUCACAAAGCCGUUCAUAGGUUUGUGACGACCCUUGUGUCAGGCCUGGGCUAGGUCAAAGUUUGUUUACAGAAAUGUAGGCCAAAACAUGGCUCGGGUCAAGAUACGGCUUUACUAUAUGCCCCUAAUACCUGACUUUAAGGUGAUUCCUCAAGUGUUUCUGCAGUUAGAAUGCGCUGAAGAUAUCCAGGAUCGUGAACAUUUCGACAUGCUCAUUAUUAGCAGAAAAACGUUAGGGUCACAGGAGACGAUAUUAAUGGCGCUUCUUUACCCUAGCAUUAAAUUAAUGUGCACCUAUCUAUCUCUCUAUCUAUCUAAAACCGAAGAAUCAUCAUGAUAAUACAAAAUUUAUAUUUAAAAUAGACAGUUAAAAUGUACAUAAAGGGCGUAAAAUUCGUUGCAAAACAAUUUCGAGACUUUCCAGAAGAUUUGGGUUUCCUAAACAUUGAACAGCUUCCACAAUUGUUCCAACAAAUAUGGUAUGCAAGACAGGGUUUAGUUUUGUUUAGUUUAUACCACGUCGAAUUUUUUGGAUCCAAGUUAAUAUUUCAAUCCUUAUUGGAGUGUGUUUGUCCCGGGUAUAGUUUGACUUCGGCCAAUAAUUGUAGGGAAGACUAAAUACGUUAGCGCUCCAGUACAUUCCGAGUAAAACGGAGUCCACAUCCCUAGGGAGCUUUGAUACCUGUUCAAAUUUUUUUGGGAAAAGAAGAGGGUUCAUCGCAUCAAGAUGAACAAAAGACUCGUGGAGAACGAUCACAAAUUGUCGUUAAAUAAUUAAGGUUCUUAUUGUAAGAAUUAAAUAAAGAUGUUUUCUUCAACAAAAUGCUUCCAGCCAG